AGAAAAAUGGAGCAGUGGAAACGCCUUUGGCAGAAGGAACGAGAGGAUUCUAAAAAUAUAUAAGAGUACAAUUUCAUGCCAUCUAAUUCCGUUCUGUAUAUCCUUGAAGUUUACGGGGCACACAAAUUUCCCCUCACCAGCUGAGGCGGCCUGGAGAGAGACGGAAUCCAAAAUCCAAAAUCCAGAUUUGUAGUAUUUUUGUACUAUGUGGAAAUCGGUAGACGGAUGCCACAUAACGCAAUAAAUAGUUGAGAAUCCACCGAUCCAUGUCAGAUAUCGACAAGCAGCGUCUGCCGCGAUGGUGGUCGGGCGGAGUCUGCUCCGCCAUUGCAGUGACAACCACGCAUCCGCUGGAUCUGGUUAAGGUGCAGCUGCAGACGCAGGCGCAGGGCGAUCAGGUGUCGGUUGGCCGGGUCAUAUCGAACAUCUACAAGCGGGGCGGCUUCACGGGCUUCUACAACGGCAUCUCUGCCUCCUGGUUCCGACAGCUAACCUACACGACGGCCCGCUUCGCCCUCUAUGAGUACGGCAAGAAGUUCGUGGACGCGAGCAAUGUCGUUGCCAAGGUGCAGCUUGCGAUUUUUGCCGGGAUAUUGGGCGGAAUUGUGGGUGUCCCGGGAGAUGUGGUCACUGUUAGGCUUCAGAACGACAGCAAGAUGCCGCCGGAGAAGAGGCGAAACUACAAGCACGUCUUCGAUGGCCUGUACCGCAUACAGAAGGAGGAGGGCGUCAAGAGUCUCUUUCGGGGCGCCGUGCCCGCUGUGACCCGAGCCGUGGUCCUGACAAUCGGCACUAACGCGACCUACGAUCAGGUGAAGCAGAUAAUCCAGGGCACCUUCGGCACAGAGGAGGGUCUGCCCCUGCACUUUCUCACCUCCACGAUAGCCGGCUGCAUUGGCACCAUCAUGACACAGCCCAUCGACGUGAUCAAGACCAGAUACAUGAAUGCCAAGCCGGGCGAGUACUCCGGCCUUGGUGCGGUGGUCCUUAGCAUCUUCAAGCAGUCGCCGUUGGCAUUCUACAAGGGCUUUAUUCCGGCCCUGUUGCGAGUGAGUCCCAACACGAUAAUCACCUUCAUGCUGUACGAGCAGGCGCGUCUGCGCUUUGGCUACCUUCCGCCGAACGCCAAAAAGGAAUAGAAUCGAUCAUCCAGGGCCUCCCAUUUCGACAUGUAACUCAAAUUUUAAGUAAACCGAAACCCCUGUCGU